AUGGCACCUCCUUCCCAUCACCUUCACCCACAGGCCCCCGCUCAACAAGCGCAGCAGCCGCCAACUGGAGGCAUUAACUCUGUGUUGGAGUACGACUUGACCAAUAUGUCGACGUUUUUGAGUUGGUGUGCAUUUGGAAUGUUGAAGCAAAACAGGAACCCUACCAAGGAUUUUGAAGGCUUGGUAAACUCGGUACUAUUUGCUACCAGGUUACCCAAAAGUACCAUCAUCAUCGCCUUGGAGUACAUGAAUCAACGGUUUUCGUCCAAGGGAAUCAACACCUUGUCGGAAUCGGAAAUCUUCAUCAAGUUGAUUGUGGGAUUGAUUCUCGGUAACAAGUUUAACGAUGAUAACACCUUUACCAACCGGUCAUGGUGUGGGGCCACGGGCUUGCAAAUCUCCGUGUUGAACGAGGAAGAAAUGACGUGGUUGCAGGAAGUGAAGUGGAACUUGAAUGUGGUAAACUUUGAGAGUAACAUCAUUACUUUAGAAGAAUGCUGGAAAACUUGGUUGGAAAAAUACACUCCUAAAGAUGUUUCGGUUUCGACUUACUCGAGUCCCGUGUAUUCAAACCCAAGUAUACCAUCGUCUCCAGUUUCUCCUGAUUACAAUGUUUACUAUCCAUCAUCUUCUCCCACGUUACCUUACUCCAAUUCGUCUCCAACCAAAUACCUGGAUGCUAUGUGGAACCCCCAACAACCUGUACCGCACCUAGCUGUUCAAUCACUUCCCUCAAAUGCAAAUGUGAAUCACCAUCAACACCAACACCAACACCAACACCAAAACAGUAUUUGGUCUUAUACGCCCAAUUACCCUAACAACCUACCAAUAAGCCACCAACCAAUUCAGUACUUGAAUUCUAAUUUUGUCGGCUACACCAACCCCUACUACACAUUUAACAUGGCUUCUUGUUAA